UACAUAAAAGAAGAAGUGUUUUCUUUUGGAGAAGAAAUUUUUAAAAAAUAAAUUGUCGCAGCGCAGUACCUAUUCUUAAUUCUAGUGUGAUAAUUGAUAUCCCAUUGCGAUCUGUGUCGAGAGUGUUGAUAGUCAUUUCGAUAUCAGAAUAAGUUAAAAGUUCAAUAAUUAAAAACCCCAAUACCAAAACAGAUAAAAUGAAAAUAACCUGUGAAUUGUAACAUCAAGCCAUACAAAAUAAGAACAAAAAUAAUAUUCCCUCUUCAAUAUACUAAAUAUUAAUUCUCCUUUGCCAUGUCUUCGUCGUCGUCUUCGUCCUCCUCUAAUCUAAUUGAAUACCUUAAAAGUCCCGAACUAGUUGUCCAGUUUCAAGAGUAUUUUGGUAUAAAAUACAUAAACACAGAAGAUGUCAACAAGAGUUCGAAUAAAAAGUCACAAAACGGAAGCAUUCCUUUUUCUACAUCGUCAUCAUCAUCACACUCCAAGGAGCAACCCGCCCAGGAAGAACAAAUCCUUUUAAGUGAAUCAUCCUCGAGCACGACAGAAUCUCACAAUAGCGCUGCUUCUGCUGCUGCUGCUAAAAAGGAUCUGCCUUACAGGAUAGAGAACAAAUUCUGGUACUAUCUGUUUAUCAUUGGCACCGAACUGGGCGAUGAGAUCUUCUAUGCCUCGUUCAUUCCAUUCUGGUUCUGGAAUGUGGACAGUGCCGUUGGCAGAAGAGUCAUAUUCCUGUGGUCAAUUGUCAUGUACAUAGGUCAAAGUCUAAAAGAUAUAAUCCGAUGGCCAAGACCUGGACAACCUGUUAGUCAACUACAAACUCGUUGGGCUCUCGAAUAUGGCAUGCCCUCUACGCAUGCCAUGGUUGCAGUUUCCAUACCAUUCUCUGUGUUCAUCUUCACACAGCAAAGGUAUCUAUAUCCGGCCCAUGUGGGAUUGUCAAUAUCAAUUGUCUGGUGUACCAUUGUGUGUCUAAGUCGAAUUUAUUUGGGAAUGCAUAGUGUUUUGGACGUUUUAGCUGGACUAAUCCUGACUUUUAGUCUUAUGAUCAUACUCGUCCCACUAGUCGACUAUUUGGACUUUUUUAUCGUGACCAGUAUCUAUUCACCAUUUUUCGUAAUUUGCAUAUCAAUACUUCUAGUCUACUUCUACCCGCAAUCCAAAGAAAAAUGGACUCCAACAAGGGGUGAUACAACAAUGACAAUAUCUGUUUGUGCAGGUCUACAAAUCGGAGCAUGGCUAACUUAUCAAUUAGGUGAUCUGCCUGCAACACCACCACUCGAACCACAUGUCAUAAUUUGGCCAACUUACCAAAUGAUGGGUCAUAUGAUUUUGCGAACGGUAUUCGGAAUGUGUUGUAUUAUGGCAACCAGAGCAAUUGGAAAGUCCAUAACAUAUGCCUUGGCAUGUGCAGUUCUUGGCAAAGAUAAAAACGAAGUUCGUAAUUCACCAAGUAGCUUACAAAAUAAAAUCAAAACUAUCGUCGAAUUGAGUCACACUUAUUUGACUUAUGGAUUAAUCGGAAUCAAUACACAUUAUCUAUUGCCGCAUGUGUUCAAGUUAAUUGGUAUAGGACGACCAGAUUUCUAUACAGAAAUAUAAAAAUUGAAUCAAUUUAAAAAAAGAAGACUUAAAUACUGCAACAAUUCAUCAUUCCGUAAUUUCCAUAUAAAACGCAUAUUUAUCGAAAAUUAGGCACGAAAAUAAAUUAAAAAAUAGUUAAACUUAUGUAUUCUUGUAGUUGGGUAAAUAAAAUGUUCGUGUUUGUUCGUCGUCUUUUCACA